CCACUUUUCUCUUUCGUUUUUGACACUCCAACAACACUUGAGUAAUGGCAGCCCACAGCUCCACCGCAGAACGAUCUGCCGAGAUCGAUCGAUGUCUCGAACUAAUCUCACCAGCACAACCCGACGAAUCCAAGUUUGUUGGCAUGCUCCUCUUGCCUCGACUCUUGAGCCACGAUCAAGUCGAUCUUGUCCAACGCGUUUUUGACGGCAUGAACUUUAAGUUCAUUGAACGUUUACUUCGAACAUCUGCUGUGGAUUCAGAAACGGGUCAAGUUCCCGAACCGGUGCUACGAGAGAUCGCGAUUAACGUUUUGGCUUGUUUUGCUCACUACGAGAAUAUGGCCUCGAGCAAAAUGAUGGCCGACCGGAUCCCUGCUUUAUCGACCGUUUUGAAAGAAGAUGACAAGUCGGAUGGUACCAGGGAAGCACUACAUAUCUUACUAUGUGUUAGUGUGACAAAGGAAGGUCUUGUCCGGAUGCUGGAUCCGGAUGUUCUCAAGAAUGUUAUGGAGCUAGCGGUGGCCACAAAAAAUGGUCAAGAACAAGAGCUUGGAUUUCAGCUUAUCCAUUCGACCUUUGCACGAGCAUGCCAUAUGUUGCACGAAAAACCAAUUCCAAGCCUUGAAUCAGCGCUCAAAUACUCUUUACCAACCUUGUUCACUGCGUUAUCCAAGGUCCUCGCAAACAACCAGGACAAGCUGAAAUUCAAAACUCUAAAUGUAUUAAGCUCCGUGUUGCCGGAUGUACCAUCAGAGAUUAUGCAGAAAUUUAAAGAAUCAGGACAAGAUAAAGUAUCACGCUGGUUGCAAGAUCUUCGAUCUGGAUUACGACAGAUAUUUAGUACUAGGCUUGACGUAAAAUAUCGGGAUCAAUCUAUGGUAGUAACAGCAUGCUUGCUUCAAUAUUUCGGUCCAGAUUGGCUGUUUUCCACUCUAAGAAAAACCAAAUCCGAGCGACGGAAAAGUGAAAAGAAGCCUGCCAACAGUGCACCAUCCAGCAAUGAUGCAGAUGUCAAGUUCCCAGUGCUAUUGAUCCAUCUGGUUGCGGUCGAAACGCGUGUGAUGCUGGACGAUAUCCAUGAACGACGAUUAAAAUUACACAAUCAAGAAGUUGUUGAGGUGGAUGCCGAAAAGGAGAUGCGCCAGGAAACGAUGGUACCCGUCUGUUUUGAAAUCCUCGAAGCUGCGAUCCAGUAUUUGUCCUUGAACUAUAGCGAGGAUCAAGAAAGUGACAUGGACGCAGACAUAUUGCUUAAGAUUCGGACCGUGUUGACUGAUACAAUGAAUAUUGUGAUGGAACUCUUGAGAUUCACACAAGAUACCACGACCUCAGAUGACGAGCUGGAAGGCGAUAUGAUUGCUCAAGCCAGCAUGCGUAUUGUCGCGUUGUAUUUGGCAGAGGAAGGAUACGAGUUGGAAUAAAUUAAAUUAUUAGUUCUAGAUUACAAAUUGAAAAUAGUUGAAUCAUCGGUACAGUGCCUAUUCAUUGUUACUUUCUGACAUACUUGAGCAAGUCUUAAGAGUGUUACACAGCAUAAUAAGAGUUGGG